ACCGCCAGCAUGUUCGGCCGCUCCCGCAGCUGGGUGGGCGGCGGGCACGGCAAGGCCGCCCGCAGCAUCCACUCCUUGGACCACCUCAAGUACAUGUAUCAUAUUUUGACUAAAAACACAACAGUAACAGAUCACAACCGAAACCUGCUGGUGGAGACAAUUCGUUCCAUAACGGAGAUCCUCAUCUGGGGGGACCAGAAUGACAGCUCAGUGUUUGACUUUUUCUUGGAGAAGAAUAUGUUUGUCUUCUUCUUGAACAUCUUGCGCCAGAAGUCUGGUCGUUACGUGUGUGUGCAGCUGCUGCAGACUCUCAACAUCCUUUUUGAGAACAUCAGUCAUGAAACAUCACUGUAUUACCUGCUCUCUAAUAACUAUGUAAAUUCUAUUAUUGUUCACAAAUUUGACUUUUCUGAUGAGGAGAUCAUGGCAUAUUACAUAUCGUUUUUGAAAACUCUUUCCCUGAAGCUCAACAAUCAUACUGUACAUUUCUUUUAUAACGAGCACACUAAUGACUUCGCUUUGUACACUGAAGCUAUUAAAUUUUUUAACCACCCCGAAAGCAUGGUCAGGAUUGCUGUUAGGACUAUAACUUUAAAUGUCUACAAAGUGUCAUUGGACAACCAGCCUAUGCUGCAUUACAUUCGAGAUAAAACUGCAGUUCCUUAUUUCUCCAACCUCGUCUGGUUUAUUGGCAGCCACGUGAUAGAACUGGAUAACUGUGUGCAGACUGAUGAAGAGCACAGAAAUAGAGGCAAACUGAGUGACCUGGUAGCAGAACAUCUUGAUCAUCUGCAUUACCUUAAUGAUAUCCUCAUCAUUAAUUGUGAAUUUUUAAACGAUGUGCUGACAGACCACCUACUUAAUAGACUCUUUCUUCCCCUCUACGUGUAUUCAUUAGUAAAUCAAGAUAAGGGUGGAGAGCGUCCAAAAAUAAGUCUCCAAGUUUCUCUCUAUCUUCUGUCUCAAGUUUUUCUAAUUAUACAUUAUGCUCCUUUGGUGAACUCUUUGGCUGAGGUUAUACUCAAUGGUGACCUCUCGGUGUUUUCCUCUAAGGUUGAGCAAGAUAUACAGAAAAACUCAGCAAAGUCCAGUAUCAGAUGUUUCAUCAAACCAACAGAAACACUUGAGAGGUCUCUUGAAAUUAAUAAACAGAAGGGGAAGAAGAGGAUGCAAAAACGACCCAACUAUAAAAAUGUUGGUGAGGAGGAUGAAGAGGAGAGAGGAUCUGAAGAUAACCAAGAUGACCUUGAUAAAACUAAAGGUACAGAAGCAAGUUCAAAAGGCAUAAGAACAAGCAGUGAAAAUGAAGAAAUAGAGAUGGUGAUCAUGGAGAGAUGUAAGCUGUCAGAGCUGUCCAUCUCUACUGUGACAGAACAGAAUACAACAGAUGAAGAAAAGAGUGCAGCUGCUUCUGGGAGUGAGAUAACAAACUGGAACAGACCUUUUCUUGAUAUGGUCUAUAAUGCACUGGACUGUCCUGAAGAUGAUUACUAUGCCCUCUUUGUGCUCUGUCUUUUAUAUGCAAUGUCACACAACAAAGGAAUUGACCCAGUCAAGCUGGAGAGAAUUCAGCUUCCAGCUCAACAUGCUGAAGAGAGAAACUCAUAUAAUCAUGUCCUUGCAGAAAGGCUCAUCAGGAUAAUGAAUUAUGCUGCACAACCAGAUGGAAAAAUCCGUUUGGCAACUUUAGAACUUGGGUGCCUGCUGCUGAAGCAGCUUGUGUUUUCUAAAAAUGGCAGCAUCAUAAAAGAUGUUCACCUUGCGUGUCUUGAGGGUGCCAGGGAAGAAAGUGUUCAUCUCCUUCGUCGUUUCUAUAAGGGAGAAGAAAUUUUUCUGGAUAUGUUUGAAGACGAAUACCGGAGUAUGACAAUUAAACCCAUGAAUGUAGAAUACUUGAUGAUGGAUGCCUCAAUCUUACUGCCUCCAACGGGGACACCACUGACUGGUAUUGAUUUUGUGAAAAGAUUGCCUUGUGGAGAUGUGGAAAGAACACGAAGAGCAAUCAGAGUUUUCUUUAUGCUCCGUUCGCUGUCACUGCACUUGCGAGAUGAGCCAGAAACUCAGUUACCACUCACGAGGGAGGGAGAUCUGAUAAAGACAGAUGAUGUUCUUGAUUUGAAUAACAGUGAUCUAAUUGCUUGUACAGUGAUAACAAAGGAUGGGGGUCAAGUUCAAAGAUUCCUGGCUGUGGAUAUUUACCAGAUGAGUUUGGUUGAACCAGAUAUUGCCAGACUUGGAUGGGGAGUAGUAAAGUUUGCAGGCCUUUUGCAGGACAUGCAGGUGACGGGAGUAGAGGAUGACAGUAGAGCUCUGAACAUAAUCAUCCACAAGCCUGCCUCAAGCCCUCAUUCUAAGCCCUUCCCCAUCCUUCAGGCCACGUUCAUUUUCUCGGAUCACAUCCGCUGCAUUAUCGCCAAGCAGCGCCUGGCAAAGGGCCGCAUCCAGGCCCGGCGCAUGAAAAUGCAGAGGAUAGCAGCUCUCCUGGAUCUUCCUGUUCAGCCUUCAACUGAAGUUAUGGGUUUUGGACACAGCUCUGGAGCUACAGCCCAGCACCUUCCCUUUAGAUUCUACGACCAGUCCCGCCGUGGGAGCAGCGACCCCACAGUGCAGCGCUCUGUCUUUGCAUCUGUUGACAAAGUCCCAGGCUUUGCUGUAGCCCAGUGUAUAAAUCAGCACCAUCCCUCCCCACUCUCAUCACCAUCCCCUUCCAGUGGCAGUGGGAGCACAGGGCGCUGUGAUUCGGUGACUGCGAGCUCGACAUCCACUCCUUCUGCUGCACAGAGCCCCUCAGGUCUGGCAGGAAAGGACGCCGGCGGGUGUUUAGUCUGUCGGAGGCUGACAGUCACGGCGGACACUGGGUUUAGGUCUUCGAGCAGCAGCUGCAGCAGAAACUCCCGCAAUACCCACUCAGAUGACCCUUCAGCUCCAGAGCAUCCUCAGACGGCCAUUUCCGGUCAGACGAUGUUGACUGAUGAAACUCCUUCAGCUGUCUCAAAGUCCAGCAGAAAUGCUGGGAAAACCAGUGACAUAGAAACAGCAAACCUGUCUCCCAGCCUGAUUCCUGCCCAGCAGCCCACAAUAUCCCUAAUUACAGAUGACAACACGGAUACACUGAGCGUGGAGUCGCUGACCCUGGUGCCUCCGGUGGAUCCCCACAGCAUCCGGACAUUCCCCUGCAUUCCUCAGCCCUCUUUGCAGUCUGAAGAUGAAGUUUGCAAGGUAAAGGAGGUUGAGGAAGAAUGUUCUGACUAAAGCCAACAUGCAGACUGUAAUAAACAGUGAAGAAAACGCAACCAAAUUCUGAACUGUUUUUUCUCUGGGAGUGCAGAUACUUCUUGAGGCCUGAGAGGCCGUGGGGUCCACAAGGGGCCCACUGGUGAGUGAGAAUGUCAGCAGCUUUUAGAGGAAACAUUGGAUACUCAGCAUAUCUAAACUGGAGAAAAGGGAAAAAAACAAACUUUUGAAUCUGGACUGGUUCUUUCCUACCAGUUUCUGUUAUACAACAACAUGAAAGUGUUUCAGAGGACCUACUGUCUUUCUAACAGGAACUAAUUAAUUGUAAAAGGUCUACAGUAUUAUGAGGGAGAGAAGAAAUUUUUGGAUACCCAGCUUCAUGAUGCUAUAUUAUUACGUCUCUCAAACUGGAGACAUGCCAUUGACCAGAAAAAAUGAUUUAUUGUAGUACAGAGGCAAAAUUUCCUUUUGAGUUAGGGUGUGUUUUUCAGUUUGGUGUUUGGUUUGGGUUUUUUGGGGGGAGGAGGGGUUUUGGGAUUUUUUCGGUUGGUUUUUGGUUGGUUGGUUUUGUUUUUUAAUCCUGAUCUUGUUCAUCUUUUGGAGGUCUGCAUGAUACCAGCAGGCUUGGCCACUUUCAGUGUUGUCUUCAUAGGGCUCCAGACUUCAGUAUUGUUUUUUCCAUCUGAAAUAUUUAUUUCAAGGUUUGAUUCAAAGCAAGAUACAAUUUUCUAGAAGGUAAAAGUCUGAAGUUAAUGACAAAUGCUUAUUCAAAUUAACCUAAGGGAUUUUGGAGACUACUUUAGUCUUUGCUUAGCCAUCUACAGAGGAAUGUGAAACAUUUUAAGAUAUUGCUUGUUUGCUUCUGACAGUUAGAUUGCUACACCUCUGAGGGAUGGUGGUAUGCUUGCUACUGAAAGACAACUUCAAGAAGCAGACAGAAGCAGUUUUACUCCAAAGAGAGUUUUCAAAUUUUUCAUAGUCAUAUAGGAAGAAGGUCACCAUAUCUAACUGAAUUCCUUUGCAAGUCUGAAACAAAAAAAGAAAGGGAUUGUGUAAUUUUUUUUCCUAUCUGGGAUGGUAUCCCAGUUAAACAACAUUGCUACAUAACUGUGAUUCUGAGUUUGUGCUUGGCAUGCUUUGCUUCCUAGAUCCUGACACCAAGUUGACAGAAAGCAGUGGAAAAGUAUUGAAUAAAGUCUGGAAUGUUCUCUGCUGAUUUGAUACGUAGUUUAACGUGAAUGGAAUUUAAGAUUUUUCAUCAAUUUCCAAGUAUGUUAAUUUAAAUUAAUGUAAAAUGAGCAGAUUGUCACUGUGGGUCUGUUCAUACUCAAGUGCUUUCUGGCUCUCAAAGAAGGAAGUCUGCUGUUUACUGCUAUUGAUUUCAGUCAUCAGUGCAAUCUUUUUCCUCAUUCUGUCUCCACUACUAUUGAUUUCUUAUCAAAGGGGUGAAUCUGAAAAGUUUUUACCUACUUCCCAGUCGUUUAUUGUACCUCUUCCUGGCUGUCAUAUGGAAUACUUGGAAUGAUUUUCAAUGUUAUAUUUAUAUAUGAGAUUGACUAAUCCACAAGUAUAACUUUUUUCACUUUUCCCAUCUUCUCCUUCACAUAAUAACUUAACCUUUCCCAACCAUGUAUACAAGGUGUCUGCUACUGAAUGCCAGUAAUUUUUCUCCUCCCCUUAUUAACUUUUGCAUGCAGUUUUGUUGAUUUCUAUUUUCCUCUGACUUCUACUUCAUCUCAAAUUGAAUUAACUGAUAAUUCUGAGCAUUCCAGAGUGGCCCCAACUCUAAAUGAAUUCUGAGAGUUGAGUGUCCUCAGCACAGCUGUGCAUGUUGGAUGAGAAUUUGGCAUGGCUGGAGUAAGGGCUUACUUUUUGGGUUUGUUUGUCACAUGCUUAGGGUGAGUUUGCACUCAUGCAGUCACUGUUGCAGGUAGUGACCAUGUACCUGAACAAGUCUAGACAUCAGCAAUUUGGGCACUAGGACCACAUAAAUUAUUAGCUGAACUGAUCGCAAUCUAGACUUCCUCUAGGAUUUUGCAGCAUUGCACUGUAGCUCCAGUAAUAUUCUGAAGAUCAUUAUAAAAAAAUGCCUUAAUUUGAAAGCAUUUUAUUUAGACUCUUGACCUAGAUUACACAAAAUGCCACUGUGCAGAAUGAGUUCCCUUAAAUAGAAUUGCUUUUAGACAGGAAAACCUUGAUCUUUAUUUAUCUCCUUUCAAAUUCAGUUCUAGGAAGAUCAGAGCCAUGCACUAGGAGUCUCUUUGAUGGGUAUUCAUAGUCUCACCCUUGAGCCACACUGCACAAGAAAUGGGACAAAGGGAUAGAAAGCUGACUUUGUGCUUUCAUUGCCUUUGAGUGACUUUUAAAUCUCAUGACCAGUUGUCUGCUGAGAACUUCAGAGGAAAUGACUGAGGUGGAUACUGUUAUUAGGAAAAUAGAAGCCUAGGUCUGCUGUCUAGUCUGCUGCUGGCAGAGCCUUGCUGGUUGAGGGAUAGGUGGGAUAUCUUCUAACAGUUCUAUCAAAAGCUCUCUGCAGAGAUGGAAUUACAGCAGGAAAGGUCUGGCUGCACCAGCUUUACCGAUGCUGGGGUGUUACACUUCAGCUGCGUCUGGAUGGUUCUGCCACAGAAGCAAUUGAUUUUUGACUUUGCUUCUGAUAUUAAGGCAUGUGUGUAUACAAUUUUCUGUGCUUUGUGCUGCAUUAGGAGACUUCAGAAUGUAGAAACUGGAGAUGCCAAAAUAAUCUACCACCAGCCAUUUUUAAGCUCUGCAAGUAUAAUACUCAUCUACAGUUCCUUGAAGAGUAUCAUAUCUAUCUCUCACUCAUCAGAAUCUGUUUCCUUAGGCUAUUUCCUUGCCCUCCUUUCACUGUAAAAAGGAGACUCAACCAGGAAGGCACUAGCACAUCAACCACAAAUGUAAUUUUUUUUCUUAAAAAAAAAAAAGUUCAUUUGAAUAACAUCACUCUCUAACCAAACCCAAAUACCAAACUGCAGGUGAGAGCAGCAGCUAAACAAGUAGUCAUUUAAAAGCUCCAUUCUUUCAGUGCAAUACUGCAGAGGGAAAUAGAAUCACUCUAAAUAUAACAAUAUUCCAGAGCAAAAUACCAAAAUUCUGGAGAUAUGCUAAAUUCUCAAUGUGUGUUUGCUGGGGCUAUGCCUCUUCACAUAACACAAUUCUGUUGAAAAUUCCUUCCUUUUGAGAAGCCAAAAAAGCCAGGACAUAAUGAAUGUUACUUUGCUAUUUUAUGGUCUGUGUGUCUUAUUUUAUUAAAUUUUAUCAAGCUAUUACUUUUUUAACAGAACCAUGUGUUGCCUCCACUGCUUCUCGCUGGUGCCCUUUGCUUUUUUGUCACCCAGUGUACAGUAGUGACCCAGACUUGAGCUUUGCAUUUGUGAAGGGAGUAGUGGCAGCAGACACUUGGUAAUUUGGUGAGGAAAGGGAGGGAGGAAGCACCAGUUCUGGUAUCUGCUUCACCAUGGAAGUAAUGCUUGCAGUGUGAAGCUUGGGUGUGGAAACUAAUUGUUUUGCUGAAAUUCUUUGAUAUAGAACAAAACCAGAGGUUAAGCUUCCUGCACUUCGUUUCACAAGCUGUGUGUAUUAAACCAAAUCCAUUAGAAAUGUGGUCACAUAUAUUACUACAAAAAGCUAUAUUUUGUCUGUGAAGUCAUGAUUUAUAUGCACUGUAAGAGCUGAGCUCAUUUGUAUUCUCCACUGCUAAUCAUGAUAAACUAAAUUCUGACUACACUUCCUUAAAUUAAGCUGAGCUUAAAAAAAAAGAAAUAUAUAAAAUUACACCUAUUGAAGAAGCUCCUCAGUGUUCUUCUCUUUACACCACAGCUGGAAUUUUACUUGCAGUUACUUGGUGAGGAAAAAUUGGGCAUAUCUUCCAGAGUUCAUGUAUUCUUUUGCAGUAUUGUUGUUAAAGGACAGACUGGUAUGUGACAUUUAAAAAAAAAAUUCUUCUUUCAGAUCCAGAAUUUAAGGCUCAGAUACAGAUCUGAGUAUUCAGAGUUUAAAUCAAUGUCAAGUGAUUCGUAUAAGAGCUUUACCCAAUAGAGAAUACAGGGGGAAAUAAUGUUCCUUUCUGGAUUUGAAGUAUUUUGGUUUGUAGAAUUUGAGAAACAAUAGUUGAAAUAGUUCGUUCUUGGCAAAAUUUAUGAUCUUCAGGAUCGAAAUUACUGUGAUUUUAUUUUCUAAUUAAGCAGUAAGGUGUGAGUGACUGUAAUUUCCACUUACUGAAAGUGGCUUGGGGUGAUUAAGCAAUCCAGGAAUUCAAUAAUUGCCCUGUAAUUGAGUGUCGCUUCAGUAGCAGUAAAAUGAACUUAAAUAUGCUUGAAGACAUAGGUAAUGUAUCAGACAAGCAGGUCAAACUGUGUGUGUGAGAGUAGGAAGCCACUUCAUAAAAGUAAACACUUUAUUCACGUGGUGCUGUCAGUGCCCUGGUGUGACCGGUCACUCUCCACUGCACAUUCCAGGGAACUCCAGAACAGCCUCAGGAAUGGUCAAGGUUGUAGUGGUCAAAAAGCCCCACCAGCCUGAAAAUUCUGACCGUGUCUCCACUACCCAGCUAAAGUUGAACGGGGAGUUGCUUUUAAAAGCACAAAGUGAGGGGUUUAGUGCAAAUGAGAGGUUUGCAGAGACACCAGCUGGGGGCAGGGAGGUUGAGGGCUUUUGCCUCUGAAGAUAAUGAGUCUCCUUGAUGAGUCUCCUACUUCCAGACAGCCUAAUGUUAGCCAUCUAAAUAUAUGUUGAAAAUUCUCUUCCUAACUGCUACUGUCAUUCUUCUUGAAAGAGUUUUUUGGUAUGUCACUGGGAUAUCCCACUAACCAUCCCUGGGGUACCACUAACUGGGCACUGCUCUUCUAUUAUCUAGAAACCUUUGGAGUAGUUCUGCUGUGCUGGCCUGCUCUGUUGCUCAUGACCUUUCCCAGCAUUUGCAGCAUGAAUUAGAAACAAAUAUAAUAACUCUUGCUGUCUCCUAGUGGAUUCUGAAAAGCAGAUCGUGGUCCAAGCAGGGCUUGCUAGGGUGGGAUGUUUGUAGGGGCUGGGAGGGGGGAGUGCUUGGGGGGGUUUUCCUGCUGCUCAGGAUUUUUUGAGCAGCAACAAAGACAUAGGAGAUGCAGUUCUUGGCUGAGUCUCAAACAGAAGGUUCUUUCAUAUGGAAACAUACAUAUUUUUAUAUUACAUUUGUACAGAAUUUUCCCUAUUUUGAUCUCCCACCGUUUUUAGAUUUGCGCGUUGCUCGGAUUUGAUUUCUUUUGCAAGGUGUUAUAAAAUGUAUAUUUUGUGUUUAUUAAUGUAUUAUAAAUGUAAAGCUAACUUUUGGUUGUCUAAUAAAUGUGCACUGUGGUGGUAUCUGGUUUAUUGUUUUGCUAACUUGAAUUCAUUGGUUCUUAAUAAGAAAAGGAAAAACUUGAGUCAUUGUUGGGACUGUCUUGUCAUAAAAAAAUGUGUGGAGUGCAUUUCUUUUAAAAGAGGGCUUAAGCAGGUAAUGACUAACAAUACUUGAUAACAGAAGUUAGAGUUAAGGUUCAGAUUAGUGUAUAGUGUUCACAGGAGUCUUUUAAGACCAUAAUCUGAAGAUACACUAGACUUUUUAUCUUGUUCCCCAUUACUUUUGGUUAUGGGUGCUUUUACUAAACUGAGUUUAACACACACAGUAAUUGCAGUCUGAUAACUGUAUAUAGGAGGAGAUGGGAGGGUCUGGGGUUUUGUGUUUAGAGACUGUGGCAGAAAUAUUUACAAUGAACAUGAGGAUAAUUUUUAAAAAUAUUGAAAAUAGAUUCAAGUGUGCAAAUUUAUAGACUUAUUAGAAUUUCUAGGAGCUUUGUUUUGCCCAGGGAUAGCACUGAAUAACACAUUGUCACAGUUCUAGGGAACCUGCUGGAAGCAUUAUAAACUUCAGAAGAUAACUUUAGGCAUCUCCACUUGUGAAUAGCUCUGUUGAUAUUUCUGUAGCAAACUUUUUAUUUCAUUUUGGGCUGUUUUGUAAGUUUGAUUGUUUUAAGUGCAAAGAGGGAGAAAUGUAUUUUUCUAGGAGAAUGAAUGUACGUGGGAUUUAAACACUACAUAAAACAUUUCAUGAACAUGGACUGUCCUCCUGUGAAAUAUGUUUCAAUAAAGUUGUGUCUGAAAUGUACUUCAUGUAAGAAAAAAAACCAAGUCCUGAACAUGCACUUACAUUUACAGGGAAAAAAGCCCAAAAAUGGGGUGAACUGAAUUCUGAAACGUCUUUCUACAGGCAAUAAGUAUUAAUUAUUUAAUAUAAGUUAUGUUAGACAGUUGGAGUAAAUGUGACAAUAUCUUAUGUUAAUUUAAAGAAGAAUGUAAAUAAGUGUCUGGAAAGGGAGUGGAAUCAGAAAAUGUUGUGUAUGUUUCUGAAAUCCAGAUUUCUACAGCUGAGUCUGUAUUUGCUGGCAUUGGUCAUGUGUCGUGGCUGUUGAAAACCUGGACGAGGAUGAAGAAUGGACCUUUCUUUGUAAAUGGAACUUGGCAAUAAAAAUGGUGUUACUAAGGAAA